GCUGCAGAGCAGGCCGGGCCCAGCGCGAGGACCCGCCCCGCGCGGUGCGGCACCAUCGCCCUAGUAACCCGAUGCUGAGCCGGGCGCGACCACCCGCUCUGAAAGGGGGAGGCCGCCGCUGCCGCCGUCGGUUCCGUCCUGCCGCCGCGUCCCGCGCCGGUGCAGGAUCGCUCUGAGAUCGUCUCGCCGCUGACUAUCUGCGCUUUCCGCCGGCAAUGGGUCGAGACAAGUGGGCGGCGGGACGGCGAGCGGCAGCAGAGCGACCAUCCCCCCCUCGGUCCGGCGCGCGGUUGGUUGGGCCCUGGAAGAUGGCGUCGGGGCGCGGCUGCGUGUCCCCCGGUGCUCCAGCCCCGCGCCCGCCCUAGCUGGCGCCGGGAGGCAGCGGCGACCCCCGGGAGGCGAUGGGCGAGUGGGACCGGGUGUUCCGGCAGCACCUGCCGCUGCCGCCGCACCCGCAGCGGGGCCGGGCCCGGCCCCCGGCCCGCUCCACCGCCUUCCGCUGCGCCCUCAAGCACCUGCACGGCGCUGCCCUCUCCCAGGGAGCCGAGUACCAGCUGCGCCUCUCCCUUUUCGAUGCCACCUACCACCACUUCUUUGGGAGGACGUGGAGGAGCAGCUGGCGAGCUGCCAGCGCCGCCCCGCCGCGCUCGGCCAGGGCGACGUUCAACGAGGUUGUUUACUUCCACACCUCCUUGAACCACCCUGGCAUUGCUGCUGUUGUGGAAGUGGUAAUGAGAGCUGGGAAAGGGGAUGGGGGCUCUCAGCACCUCUCCUGUGGCUUUGGGAUCAUCCCCCUCUUCCACGGCGGAUCAGAGGUGACAGACCCAGCCACUGAGGACAGAGCGCUGAAGCUGUACCAUGGGACGCCACGUGCCCUACUGCACCCACACUUCCAGGACCCUGUGGAAAAGAACAAAUACAUGACAGUGAUGGAGAAGAGCCACCUGCAGUAUGGCCUGAAGUCCCACCAGCCCCUGGAGGCAAUAUUUCACCUACUUCCUGAAAACCUGCUGAUAUCUGGCCUGCAGACUGUUCCUGGCUUGCUGCCGGCACGAGGAGACACAGGCGACUGCUUGCAGAAGCCCCGGCUGAUGAAGACGGUCACCUGCUACCUGGAGCGGCUUUUCAUCCAGCUUUACCCUUCCCUGGAGGAGUUUGAGGAGGAACUGCUGGAUUUACUGAACAGUGAUCGCUUACUUCAGGCUAACUCUGCCCCAGAUGGUGAGGAGGUGGUGGUUCGGGAGCGGCGGCUGCAUGUAGGUGUCCACAAUGGCCUGCGCUUCGUCCAAGCACCUCAGGUCGCUGUGCUGGUGCCAGAGGCAGAAUUGUCUCCAGGUCGCUGCCAGGGGGUACCCAACUCUGGAGCCAGGGGUGCAGGUCAAGUCCUGGUGCUGAGGAGCCGCAUCCAGCUGAGUGAAAUGGUUCCUCACCCGGCAUUCAGGGUCUGCUUCCAGCUGGAAUAUGUCUUCUGCAGCACGGGGAGAGCUGGUGGCAAGGCCCUGUCUGGCAGUGCCCGCAGUGAGGCGACCGACAUGCGCUCGGUGCGCUGGGCUCUCUGGAGCCCCGUCGCGGGCAUCGGUGACACGGAUGUGAUCCUGCCCCUGCGUGGUGGUGCCCGUCGUGGCCCCUGCCAAGCCUUGGUCUACCAGACCCCACCGAGCUCCCGGCAGGGGAAGCACGUGGAGUCUGGGACUGUCCAAUUCCAUGUUUCCACUGAUUCGGAAGAACAUCUUGUAACUGCUGCGGAGAUCCUAUGUAAAGACAGGGACGAGCCGAAGAAGCCUCCUACGCCAUCGCUGAGAGUGCCAGCCCCACGGCGAGUGCCAGUCUCCCCACGGGGACCAGGGCUGUCGAUGUCCCAGCUCGUGGCCUCACCACGGAGCACAGGCCAGACCCUGCAGCAGGAUGGGGGCAUCACCCACCUGGAGGCUGACCUGGGCUCGCCAGACACAGAGCCCUGUGCCAACGACCAGCUGCAGGCGCUGCCCUUCACCCCGCUGCAGCUGCCCAUGGCUGCUGUGGGGCUGCAGGCAUGCAGUUCCCACGUGUCCCUGUCUCGUGCCGCGCUGGCGCGCCUGCAUGCUGCCGGCUUUCCGGACAUCCUGGACCGCAACCAGGAGCCAGUGGAAAUGUCGGAGCCAGUGGAGCUGGGCAGUUUCAACCUGCGGCUGGAGGAAGCUGACCCUCUGCAAGGCAAUGAAAUAGUCCUGCAGUUCCUGGCUUUUGGCAGAGAUGCCCAGGGCGGCGUGGAGGGGCUGUGGCCAAGGACUGUCUUCCUCACCUUCCAGUUCUACCGUUUCCCCCCGGUCACCACGCCCCGGCUGCAGCUGGUCAGCAUGGAUGGAGGGCUGGUGACCGGGCUGCCUGUGCCAGCACAGCUCCUUGUCCGUGUCAACGAGGAUGGGACCCUAACCAGACCGCCGGGCUUGCAGCUGAAGUACAUGGUGGAUCCAGCUUUCCUGCGGCCCGGGGAGCAGCGCUGGUUCCUGCGGUACCUGGCUGAGCACAGCCUCCAGAUUGACGUCUGGGAUGGAGACUCCCUGCUCCAUUUUGGGUCUGCUGCCAUUAAACUGGAGCCCCUGCUGCGCCAGGGCCAGACAGCUGUCAGGACCUACCACGAGCUGGAGGUGGCCACGACUGAGUACGAGCCGGACGGGACGGUGAUGGGCCGGGAGGCUCUGCGGCACGGCGCCCUGCGGCCCCUCGGAGUCCGUGUGGCUGUGAGGGGCCACCUCCACCUCUGCCUGGCCAAUAUUGGUCACCCAUGUGAGGAGAUCCCAGGGCAGCUGCCAUCCCAUUCCUGCAUUGUCACUGCACCAGACAGCACUGUCACCACCCUAGGCGGCAGGGGGUACUCCCUGAACACUCCUGGUGGCAGGAGGACGGCAUGGGCACGGAGGCUGGUGGAUGUGGACAAUGAGCUGGAGGCCGCGCUGCGCAGUCGUCGGCCAGAAGGCUGGCCAAAGCAGCGUGCCUGGGACCUGCAGGUCAUCGACUCCUACCGGGAUCACAUCAAGGGAGAGAGCAUCUACCAGAUGCUCAGCCAGGCCAUCACAGCCACCCGCACUGUCCACGCUGUGCUGGGGACAGCUGAGUUCUUUGAGUUCGCCCUGAAGAACCCGUACGGCGUCCAGCACACCGUGACCAUUGAGGUCGACCACCCUGAGCUCAGUGUCAUACUGGACCCGAGGGAGUGGCGCCACUUCAAGGAGCUGACCAAGAGUGUUACACCGGUGGAAGAGGAUAUGUUCCAUCUCCGUGAGGACCUCAAGCCUCAGGUCUACCUGCGCCCCAGUGAGACUGUCCACAUCCCCUUCAAAUACCAGACCUUCUCUGCAGACCCCGCUGUGGUUGCAGCACAGGGGCCGGCAGGGCUGGGCACCGGUGCCAAGGAGAACACUCAAUCCUUAGGGAAGAGUGGGGCCAAGCAGACAAAGCUCAUCCAGGUCUCCUUCCAGGUGAGCAGGGGGAAGCCCAUUGCACUCCUGCGGGUGAAGGUGGAGCCGCAGCCCCAUGUGGUGGACCAGACCUUUCGCUUCUACCACCCAGAGCUCACCUUCCUGAAGAAAACCAUUCGGCUGCCUCCCUGGCACACCCUCCCUGGCACGCCAGUGGGGGUGCCAGGAGGGCAGCCUGAGAUGUUCGUUCGCUGCAGCGACCCUGACAUCAUUUGUGAAACCAAAUCCUUGGUAUGCUACACUUGGACAGUGCUGUUCCUUGUGUCCUUCUCCUGCAGAUUGUUUGGGUUGGCAGAGAGCUACUGAUGUGGGUGCAACCACAGAGCAUCCCUGUGUACCAGCCCGCGGCAGUGACACAGUGGCAGCAACGAAGCUGGAAUUGCUUUUUAUUCCCAAUUAAAAGGAGCUGUGUUGUUUUGGCGGGGGAGGCUGAGCAUUGCCCCUUAUCGCAUCAUGCAGCAGCCUGUACUUGCUUGUUCUUUUGAGCAAGUACCAGAUGAUUCAGAUGCUGGGGAAAAGCAGCCUUUUGUUGGGCUUUCUGUUGCUCGGGGUAUCUGCAGCCAUUUGCAGCAGGUGGGGGGACGGUGUGUCCUUGGGGUGCACAGCAAAGCCUGUCCCUGCUGAAGGAUGCUAGAGUAGAGGGGCAGCUCCAUGCCCAGCCCUGCACCAUCCCACUCCCUCCUGAAGCAGGAGGCUCUCCUGGGCUGGCUCCACAGCAGG